GAUUUCUUCUUCUCCUUCACCUACCUGUCCCAUUUCUCUCUCUCUGACCCUUCUUCAAGAAACAAGAAGAAGAAGAUGUUAGGGAAGAGAGGUCGUCCUCCAAUGAAGAGAACCACCAGCAUGUCUGAGAUAACCUUCGAUCUCGCUACGGAUCCCAAACCACCACCACCACCACCGCCACCACCGCCGCCACUAUUCCCACUCUCCGAACAAACCCCUGACUUCCUUUUUGCUUGCUGUCUCUGCAAACGGCGCUUGGUUCCUGGCUCUGACAUAUACAUGUACAGGGGUGAUAGUGGGUUCUGCAGUCAGGAAUGCCGUCAACAGCAGAUGAACCAGGACGAAAAGAGGAAGGAUAAGUGUGCUGUGGCAUCAAACAAACAACUUGUUGCAACCGCACCUUCUGGAUCCCAACUUGCAACAACCUAAUAAUAGCACCAAAUAACCCCUCUCUCUCUCUCUCUCUCUCAUGCCCUUAAUUAACUACAAAAAUAUAUGUACAUAUAUCCCUACUCUUCUCUAAUCUCCCCCCUAGUUUUCUCUGUAAUAUUUCGCCACCAUGCUGCUGCUGCUGUUUUGUUUUUUCAAUAGUGGGUGUUCCCUGCUUCUACCGGGGCAUGUAAUUUUGAACUACGCCCUACUAUACUGUACUAUAUUAUACUA